GAUGACUUUGAAAAAAGUUCCGGAAACUCCUGCUCAGAAAGUGCAUCGAUAUUCCCUGACUGGUCAAUAUCUCACUCAAAAGUACUUUGGAAUCUCCCAUUAUGUGCAAGAUGCAAACCAGAUAUUUCUCCCUGAUCAUUACGGAAGAGUUAAACAUGGAGUACCUUUAUCAAAUUUUAUGAACGCACAGUACUAUGGCGAAAUUUUACUUGGUACACCACCACAAACAUUCAGUGUUGUAUUUGAUACAGGUUCAUCGAACCUAUGGGUUCCAUCAACACAUUGUACUUCGAUCGCUUGCUUCCUCCACCGUAGGUAUGAUUCGGGACAAUCUACCACAUACAAGUCUAAUGGUACAGAAUUCGAAAUUCAUUAUGGUACUGGAAGCUUAGAGGGUAUUAUCAGUAAUGAUGUUUUGCAAGUAGGAGACAUUUCUGUUGAAGGUCAAGAUUUUGGAGAAUCAGUUAAAGAACCUGGUUUUACUUUUGCUUUUGGCCGUUUUGAUGGCAUUUUUGGACUUGGUUAUGAUCGCAUUUCCGUUAAGGGUGUUGUCCCUCCCUUUUAUCAUAUGGUACAUCGAAAUCUUCUUGAUGAGCCAGUUUUCUCAUUCUGGCUUAGCGACUCUGAGAGCAGCGAUGACGGUGGUGAACUUGUUUUUGGUGGAACAGACGAAUCUCAUUUUACCGGCGAUAUCCACUGGGCUCCAGUAAAGAGAAAGGGCUAUUGGGAAGUCGAUCUUGAAAAGAUUGUUUUUGAUGGUGAAGAAGUUGAAAUGGAAGGAACUGGUGCUGCAAUCGACACUGGAUCUUCACUUUUAGCCAUACCCACGACUAUUGCUGAUUUAAUUAACAAACAAAUUGGAGCAAAAAAGAAUUUUGCUGGCCAAUAUGUUAUAGAAUGCGAAAAAAUACCUAGUCUACCCGUUUUUAGUUUACAAUUCGGUG